AUGGACUUGGCUCGUUUGUUUGCUUGUUUGCUUCCUACUCUGCUCCUGAUGUUCAGUGCUGCAGCGGCGGUUGCGGUGCCGGAGAUGGAUUAUGCGUCGCUGCGCGCAGAUGUCGUGAAAGCCUACGCUCAGCAGGCAGCCGAGAUGACGCAGUCGCUGAGCGUCUUGCAAGCACUCAGCACAGACACAGCUGCGGUGCUAACUCGCUUGCAGAUGUGCAUGUUGUGCGUGGUGAAUGCUAUGGCUGCUAUGGCCGCAGUGGUGAAGCCUUGCCUUCUGUUGUCCUUGAUGCUGCCUGCAGCUGCGCAGCGUUUCGCUUCCUUCGAUGCAGCUACAGCCUCGAGCAUCUACUCUUCCAAGACCUUCGGAGCCGAGCUUGCAACCACGGAGUCUUCGGGGUAUUGGUGCAGCGCGGGGAACCACGAGCCGGGCCAGACCGUGUCCUGGACUGGCACCUUCAGAUCACGGAGACAGCUACUUGGCCUCACUUUGCGAUGGAGCUAUGCUCCAGGAGAGAUCAAGGUUCUCACUAGCGCAGACGGUGGCAACUUUCAGGAGAGUGUCGGCUGGAGCAAGCUAUCAAGAUCGGAGCCCAGCUUCGAGGACACUGUCUUGUUCCCGGAGCCAGUGACUGCGAAAGCUGUCAAAGUGCUAAUGCGUGGCGCGAAGCCUUGGGGAUACUUCGGGCUGUCCAAUGCAGUUGCGAUGUCGGGGCCAUCCGCUUACAUGCUCGUGAGCGGUGCUCCAGCAGCCCAAGAGCAAUGCCUUGUCGCAGCUGGCGGUGGUGUGGAAGCAAAGCCCUGCGUCGAUGCCAUUGUGGCUGGCACAGGUGCCGAGGUGUUCUCCAGCAGUGUGGAAGGGCAACUACAGACGUUGGGCGGAAGUUGCUUGGGAGUUGUGGCCGGCAAGGUGUCUUUGGUGGAAUGCCGAGAAGGGCAAGGAAGUUGGGUAGUCAGCCAGGACGGGCAAGUCAAGCAAGGCAACACUUGCUUGGUGGUGGCUGGAUCGAAGGUUGCAGCCGCUGACUGCGAUGAUGCCUCCAGCACAGGUGGCGACAAGUUCUUCCAGGUGGCAGUUCCAGAGCAUGACCCUGCGGCUGUGCUUGCGGUGCAGGAGGUGGGAAUGCUGUUGCGUGCUAGCGUGGCAAGGCAGCGAAGUUUGGUGGAGUCCCUGCAGCAUCUCGCUCCAAAGCUUGGGUCUUGCAGGCCUGUGAGCCUGGUCGCAAGCAAGACUUGGCCAGCCUUCGUGCAGUUCGGCACAGUCGGGUCAUCUGCUGGGCGUGCAGCGCUCGACGAGUCGCUGCCGGUCAAGGUCGCUGACACGUUUGGUCCUGGCAGGGCAGCGCUCGCGUCAGUGCUUGCGGCGUCUUCGGACACCCUCAAGCUUGCUGCGGACAAAGCGGCACAGGCAUCGAUGGAACGACGUUGGCGAGGCAAUUGCGUGGUUGAUGUUGCUGGGGACGGCGACUCCGGCAACCCCGUGGCGCUUGGGCUGCUGCUGGCUUUGGCUGAUGGCGGCCUCCGGCGAACUGAUCGACUGGUCUUGCGCGGGAGCCACUUCACAGCAGCUGCAGAGAUGGACUUGGCUCGUUUGUUUGCUUGUUUGCUUCCUACUCUGCUCCUGAUGUUCAGUGCUGCAGCGGCGGUUGCGGUGCCGGAGAUGGAUUAUGCGUCGCUGCGCGCAGAUGUCGUGAAAGCCUACGCUCAGCAGGCAGCCGAGAUGACGCAGUCGCUGAGCGUCUUGCAAGCACUCAGCACAGACACAGCUGCGGUGCUAACUCGCUUGCAGAGAGGUUGUGCGCCGCAAGACGGCGGCGUGCAGUUUCAGGUGUGCAUGUUGUGCGUGGUGAAUGCUAUGGCUGCUAUGGCCGCAGUGGUGAAGCCUUGCCUUCUGUUGUCCUUGAUGCUGCCUGCAGCUGCGCAGCGUUUCGCUUCCUUCGAUGCAGCUACAGCCUCGAGCAUCUACUCUUCCAAGACCUUCGGAGCCGAGCUUGCAACCACGGAGUCUUCGGGGUAUUGGUGCAGCGCGGGGAACCACGAGCCGGGCCAGACCGUGUCCUGGACUGGCACCUUCAGAUCACGGAGACAGCUACUUGGCCUCACUUUGCGAUGGAGCUAUGCUCCAGGAGAGAUCAAGGUUCUCACUAGCGCAGACGGUGGCAACUUUCAGGAGAGUGUCGGCUGGAGCAAGCUAUCAAGAUCGGAGCCCAGCUUCGAGGACACUGUCUUGUUCCCGGAGCCAGUGACUGCGAAAGCUGUCAAAGUGCUAAUGCGUGGCGCGAAGCCUUGGGGAUACUUCGGGCUGUCCAAUGCAGUUGCGAUGUCGGGGCCAUCCGCUUACAUGCUCGUGAGCGGUGCUCCAGCAGCCCAAGAGCAAUGCCUUGUCGCAGCUGGCGGUGGUGUGGAAGCAAAGCCCUGCGUCGAUGCCAUUGUGGCUGGCACAGGUGCCGAGGUGUUCUCCAGCAGUGUGGAAGGGCAACUACAGACGUUGGGCGGAAGUUGCUUGGGAGUUGUGGCCGGCAAGGUGUCUUUGGUGGAAUGCCGAGAAGGGCAAGGAAGUUGGGUAGUCAGCCAGGACGGGCAAGUCAAGCAAGGCAACACUUGCUUGGUGGUGGCUGGAUCGAAGGUUGCAGCCGCUGACUGCGAUGAUGCCUCCAGCACAGGUGGCGACAAGUUCUUCCAGGUGGCAGUUCCAGAGCAUGACCCUGCGGCUGUGCUUGCGGUGCAGGAGGUGGGAAUGCUGUUGCGUGCUAGCGUGGCAAGGCAGCGAAGUUUGGUGGAGUCCCUGCAGCAUCUCGCUCCAAAGCUUGGGUCUUGCAGGCCUGUGAGCCUGGUCGCAAGCAAGACUUGGCCAGCCUUCGUGCAGUUCGGCGCAGUCGGGUCAUCUGCUGGGCGUGCAGCGCUCGACGAGUCGCUGCCGGUCAAGGUCGCUGACACGUUUGGUCCUGGCAGGGCAGCGCUCGCGUCAGUGCUUGCGGCGUCUUCGGACACCCUCAAGCUU